CGUUCCUGCAGUUAAGAGAAAGAGAGACAAAAUUUGGUAUUUUGUAAUUGCGCGAGCUUCUUUGUGUACCCGUUGUCUUUCCUCUUUCUCUUUCCAGCGUCUAAUUGUAUUGUUAUAAUAUUUGAUUUAAUUCACCGAACGCGAUUUCAUAAUGCAACGAUCAUUUUCGGAUGCAGACAAAAGUAUCGGCUAUCGGCAGGUUCAGGGUAAAUUAUUUAUCGUCCCGAGAUCGCGACGCUUUUUUUUUCAUGACUUUGCGAACGCUCCGAUAUCGCAGGUUCUCAAAUCACGCUGUGUGGAUUGCAAAAUAACCAAUCAUGAUAAUUAAUCUGUCGCAAUUAAGAUAAAAUUUAAGCGAUGAUAUUUUAGCGGCGCAGAAUAUUUUAAUAUUUGAAAUGCGACGCUUACUCUCUCCGAGAUUUAUGAAAAAGUAAGAACAUUCCAACAAAGAAAUGACGAGAGUCGAGUGGCGUCCGUACUUACGAACAGUGGCGCCAGUGGUAGCGACAUUUCUUAUUUUUUUUUAGACCUUCCUCUUCAACAACUUGCUUCGAGAGAAUCGCGAUAAAUGCUGGAGCUGGACGCGAAUUUUGGAUUGUUUAUAACUUUGAAACAUGACGUCGUUCAAGAAAAUAAAUACCAAAGUCUUCGCCAGGACAGGACCGGAAUUAACCGAGGAUAAUAUAUAUUGGAAGAAAUAUACGCCACCAGUUUUGAUAAAGGAAUUUGGUCCGAUAGACUACAUUGACUUCUCGCCAGUGGAGCCACAUUACUUCGCAACAACCUGCUCAGUACGAGUGCAACUGUACAAUCCUAUCACCAAGUUGGCCACAAAGACUUACAGCAGGUUCAAAGAGGCCGCGUACGGAGGGUGCUUUCGUCGAGAUGGCAAACUAUUGUGCGUGGGCGGAGAAGAAGCGGUGGUCAGGCUCUUUAAUAUCAGUUCGAACAGCAUGUUGCGGAUCUUUUCCGGACACAAGGCCGCGGUGCACCGAGUUUUCUUCACAGCCGACGAUCUUCACAUUGCCUCAUUCUCGGACGACAAGACUGUAGCGUUAUGGGAUAUACCUAGUGAGAAACAAUUGAUAAGUUUCAAUGAACAUACGGAUUACGUCAGAGCUGGCGCAGUGAGCCCCGUGUCCACCGAUGUGUUACUAUCCGGCGGGUAUGAUAAGAUUGUAAAUAUGUAUGACGCCAGGACGAAUAAGAAGAUAUUCAGUGUUAAUCACGACGCACCGGUGGAAAGUUUGCUCUUCUUGCCUACUGGAGGAAUAUUCCUGUCUGCAGGUGGGACAGACAUCAAAGUAUGGGAUGCUCUCGCGGGUGGCAAAUUGCUCGCGAAAAUCACGCAACAUCACAAGACCGUAACUUGCCUGAAAAUCGCUUCUAAUGGUCAUAGAAUAUUGUCUGGUUCGUUGGACAGGCACGUUAAAGUUUAUGACGCUGGAACAUAUAAAACCCUUCAUGCUCUGGACUAUCCCAAUGCGGUUCUCAGCAUAGGAAUUAGUGCAGAGGACGAGACCGUCGUAGCCGGUAUGGUAGACGGCCUGAUUUCUGUUAGGAGGCGCGAAGAAGAUGCAAAAGAUGUAAUAAAACCGAAACGCAAGAAGGUGUCGUACAGGCACGCGGGCGAAAAUCUGCAUGUACGGAGUAUCGACGUGGUCGUGCACCAAGAAGUCAAAGAGAUAAUGAGCAAGCAUGACGCCUGCUUGCGAAAGUUUCAAUAUAGUAAAGCGCUGGAUUGUGUCAUGAUGAAUUAUGUGGUUAAUAAAACGCCGCAUGUCACCGUGGCGCUUACGCAGGAGCUUAUCAGGCGUGAAGGCUUAAGGCGAGCUUUGGCCGGUAGAAACGGCAAAUCCUUAGUUAACAUUAUUAAAUUCCUGAACAAAUACAUCGGCAACAUCCGUUUUGGAAGAGUAUUAUCGCACGUAGCGAACGUAUUGUUAGAUGUGUACGAAGACCAUUUGGACGAACUGUCAGAGGAAACACGAAAAAUGUUUGCUAUACUGUCGCAAAAGUUACAGGAGGAAGAGCAGUUGAUUUUAGCUUUGACGCAAUUGCAGGGUUCAAUGCAAAUUAUAUUAUCUGGUGCCGAAACGUCUUCUUUGCCUGUUAUAAAAGAGAAUCAAAGCUUGGAACCAUCAAACGCCGCUCAAACGGAACGUGAUAUUAUCUUAAAUAUUGGUUAAACUUAACUCUUGUAAAAUAUUACCGAAUUGUAUGAUAAUUUUUGUAAAAUACUUUUCUGUAUAUAAUUUUAUAUUAAUAUUAAAUUUCUCGAAAUAAGUAAAACAAGCAACGAUUUAAAUAUCUUCACUCUAGAUUGUUCCUUUCGAUGAAUAAGUAAAGAAUAACAAGUUGAGUUUUUUGAAAAUUGAAAUAAUAUUUCUUUCCAUAUCGUAUAACAAUUUUUGCGAAAGCAUAGUGAAAAACUUCAUCAUGGUGUAUACAAGUCGCGUGACUUGAUUAAAAAUAUUCUAGUAAAUUGUUUUUUUUUUUUUU